AUGGACCAACUUGAGCGUGGCCAGCAAGACCAGCCAGGCGGGUCAGCGAUGGAGGGCCCACAGGACACCGGUGUGGCGACGCAACGCGGCCCAUCCCGGGAAUCCAGGAACACCACGGGCACCGGGAGCGGCCUGGCCAGCGGAGACGCCAUCCUGGUUGACAUGACGAGGCUGGCAGAUGUGCUCGGGUGCGGGCGCGAUGAGCUGCUGCACAGCCUUCGGAAGGAGGCCACCUCGGAAGCGGAGGGCGUCGCCGUGGACGGGACGAGGACAUCGCCGACACUCGACCACCUCGACGUCCCAGCCAUGUACCCCCCCUCGGGGGUGCGCCAGGCGCUCAUGACUACCGUCAGCAGACCCGCCAACGCGCCGGGUAAGGCGGAAGACGGGGAGGUGCCGCGGCCGCUGUGGCUGCUCGGAGGCUCCGGCGGAAAGACAAUCGUCGAGCUCGUGCUGCUCAACCUGGUGAGAAGCGGUAUUGACCGCGUUGUGAUCGUUGUCGGGGGUAAGGACGGCGACAAGAUCAGGGACGCCGUCAGCCGCACCCGCGCGGUGUCUGCGGGUAAGAUCACGAUAGAGUUCCUCGAGGACCCCGCCGACCCGUCCAGGCAGUUCCACGCCAAGUCCAUCCUGAGGGCGAGGGACAUGGCGCCCACGGCGGUGUUCGUGCGGAGGGCGGAAGCCGAUUCCGCUUCGGCUGCGUCGCCCUCCGCGGGCGAGACUGGCAGCGCGGAGAACCAGGCGUCCAGGCGAGUCAUGGCCAUCGGGAGGCGGGAACAGGGCAAGCGGCAGAGGUGGGACGGCGUGGAGUGCGGCGCGAUCCUGCUAUCUCCGGAGAUCUUCGACACCCUCUCGGACCUCGGGAAGCGGAGGAAGUACUUCACGCUUGCGGACGGACUUGACUUCAUGGCAGGCGGGGGCAUGCUGAGAAGCAUUUCCACCGCUGGAAAGCCCUGGCUCGCUCUCGAGACCAAGGCGCAACUCCGCCGGGGAAAUGAGUCCCUUGUGCAGGGACUGGUCAACCAGGCCGAGCCGUUCCCGUGGGAGUCUAAACCCGCCCGCUCCGACAGUGCAGCUGGCGCCGACCCCGAUGCUGACACAGAGGAAGACGAUAGCACGGCUCCAGACUUCAAGGGGUUCGUUGUUCCCGUUGGAGCAGCCGCCCCGGAGGCGGUGGGAGUUCCGGCCGCGGACGAUUCGGCGUUCUUGACCAGGGGCCACGCCUUGAGGAGGCGUGUCUCUCUGGAGGGCGUCACGGUUCAGAACCUUGAGGGGCCGGACCUUGAGGCAGGGGAAGCGGGUGCCGGUACGGUUUCUUUACCGUGGGCAGGAGAUGCCGCCGGCGACAUAGGCUUCAUCGUAUCCGUCCCGGGAGAGGGCGGAGUAGAAGAGCUCGUGUUCGCCGUUCCCGAAGGAACCACCAAGAGCGCGUCGGCCUACACGGGUUCCGGCGGAGGAAUUUUCGGGGACUGCUGCGGGGGCGGUGGCGGCGGCGGCGGCGGCGGGGAGUACGCGGACAGCGUCGACGACGACGGUGGGGGCAUGCUCGGGGACUCUGACGAUGAAGAGGACUACAACUGUCUGCACGGGGGGAUUCUGUCCGGAUGCUUGCCUGAGCUUCCGACGGAGAUGCCCAGCGACAUCCGGUCGGUGAGAGUGACGACCGAAGUUGUUGCCGAAAAGGAGGGGGAGGAGCCUACCCUUGCGGUGCACGUCAUCGUGGACCGCAGCGUGCCCGUGCUGGGGUGGGUGCUCAUGGUCUCGGCGCUGUUCGGCCUCGCGGCGAUGGCUCCUUUGGGAGACCUGCUGAGCAAGAUGUCCCCCGACGCCCUUCCCGCCAUCUACCCGGUGUGGCGUUACUGUUGCUCCACGAUCAUCUACUCCCCGUGGUUCCUUCUCAUGGUCGCCGGCAGCAAGUCUGCGAGGGCUGAGCUGCGGGAUUGGUCGUUGGUGUUGCCGGUCGUUCUGGCCGGAACCGGGCUGGCGGGCUGGGGGCUUUGCUUCUACUCAGCUCUGAACUCACGGGCGAGUCCGUACACAUCCUGGAGAUCGUGGGCGUCCUUCUCGCCAUGGUCGGGGGCGUCGUGUCGACCGUGGGGGAGACGGGCGGAGACGACGGCGUCGACGUAG